UUGAGUAUAGGGACCCUUGUUGGCAUAGUAAUGCCAUUUCUUUUUAACACUUUCUGGUUUUAUCAUAACUUUCCUUGCAAGGAGCAGGCCUGUUUUAAUAUUCUGGCUGCAGUCAGCUUCAGAGGUGAUUACAGUAAUGAAUUGUUUCUCCGCGCCGCGCCCGCACCGCUCUACCCACUGCGCCCGGAGGCCCGUCCCAGAACGCCUCGAAGCCCCUCCUCACACUCCCGAUGUCCCCACGCGUGUUCGGCUUAGCUCAACGCCCCGCCCUCCGACGACCCGGCUCCGCUGAGUCCCCGCCCCCAGGCCGCUCCGCCCUUUCACUGCGCGUGAGCGCAGAUUCGUGCAAACCCGGAAGCGGUGCGCGGCAAGUGGAGGUCUCUCAGCUCAGCGCUUUCUCUUCAUAGUGACGUUGCCUUGACCGGUGUCGGGGGAGGUGACCUGCGCCAGCCACGUGGCACCCGAGGAUGUGUGCAACAUCUCUUACAACAUCUCACAGACUAUGAAUGUGUGUUUGGCUGAAGAAUUCUCAGGGGAGAUGGAGGUUACAGGACCUUUGAAGACUUGUGUUGCCUGAGAAAGAAGCCGAGAAGAUGAAAGAAAAUGUGUAAAGAAUUGCUGUUUCUCAGUUAACCUUCAAGGAUGUGUUCAUAGAUUUCACUCCUGAGGAGUGGGAAUGUCUGGACCCUGCCCAGAGGACCUUGUACAAGGAUGUGAUGGUGGAGACCCUCAGGAUCCUGCUGUGGAUAUGUCUCAUACACAUAUAAGCCAGAAAUCACCAACAAAAGCAAACAGUGAUAAAGCAGAAGUAUUUCACACAGUGAUGUUGGGAAGACCUGAAAGCCAUGAAAUCACAGAUAUUUUCCUCAGAGAGAUCCAGAAAAAUUUGCAUGAAUUUGAUUGUCAGGGGAGAGAUGAUGAAAGAAAUUACAAAGGAAUGUCUAUAACCCAGAUCAAAAAUCUCACUAAUGAAAGUGAUCAGCACAGUAGAAUUGCAGCGGGAAAUAGGCCUGUUGAAAAUAGGCAUGGAUCAAGGUUUCAAGAUGAACUGCAGAUACUUCAACCUGAAGGGAAAACAUUUGAAUGUAUUCAAGUUGUGAGGAGUAUCAACAGUAGCACCUCAGAGUUACCACUUCAGAGAACUAGUUUCUGCACCAGCAUUUCUAAUAUAUGUGAGAGUGCUAUUAUGCACCCUUCAGUACUGGCACAAGACCAGGAAGCACACACAGGAAGACCUUACAAAUGUACUGAGUGUGCCAUGACCUUUGUUCAGGACUCAGAACUCACUGGACAUCAAAGGGUCCAUAGAGAGAAACCAUAUAAAUGUGAUGAGUGCAGAAAAGCUUUUAGUGCACAUUCAGACUUAAGUAAACAUCAAGCACUUCAUACAGGAGAGAAACCAUAUACAUGUAAUUUAUGUGGUAACGCCUUCAGUCUUAAGUCUUACUUUACACUCCAUUGGAGAAUUAAUACUGGAGAGAAACCAUAUCAGUGUGAUGUAUGUGGCCAGUGUUUUAGUCGAAAUUCAUAUCUUAGGAAUCAUCGGAGAAUUCCUACUGGAGAGAAACCUUAUAAAUGUAAUGAGUGUGGCAAAGCGUUCAGUCAUAGUUCAGGCCUUAUAACUCAUCAGAGAAUUCAUACUUUAGAGAAACCAUAUAAAUGUGAUGAGUGUGGCAAAACUUUUAGUGCACAUCCAGACUUAACAUCAAGCAGUUCACACAGGAGAGAAUCCAUAUAAAUGUAAUUUAUGUGGCAAAGCCUUCAGGUACAGGGCUUCCUUUGCAGUUCAUCACAGAACUCAUACUGGAGAGAAACCAUACAAAUGUGAAGAGUGUGGCAAAGCUUAUAGUGCACGUUCAGCCUUUAUUUACCAUCAAGCAAUACAUACAGGAGAGAAACCAUAUAAAUGUAAUUUGUGUGGCACAGCCUUCAGGUACAGGACCAACUUUUCAGUUCAUCAAAUAAUUCAUAAUGGAGAGUAACCUUACAAAUGUCCUGAGUGUGGCAAAGUCUUGAGUCAGAGUUUAGUCCUUACAGUCAAUCAGAGAGUUCAUACAAAAGAGAAACCGUGUAAAUAUGAUACGUGUGCCUUACUUAAAUUGCACACCUUGGAAUUAAUUGGAGAAUUCAUACUGGAGAAGAAUCUCACAAAUGUAAUGAGUGGCAAAGCCUUUAGUGCAUGUUCAGCCUUAACUGACCAUUAGGCAGUUCAUACAGGAGAAAAACCAUAGACAUGCAAUUUAUGUGCAAAGCUUUCUGUCACAGGAAUCACUUUUCAGAUCUUCUGAGAAUUCAUACUACAGUGAAAACUUACAAAUGUAACGAAUGCAGUAAAGCAUAUCAUCUGUUUGACCCUCAGAAAAGUCACACUGGAGGAAAACCACACAAACGUGUUGUAUGUGGAAAAGCUUUGAUUCUAUGUUCAGACUUAAGUAACCAUCAAUUAAUUAAUUCUGAAUUGAGAUUUUACCCACAUCGUGAGUGUGGCAGGUGUUUUGGAAGGCAUUCAUUUCUUACAAAGCAAGAGAAAAUUCAUGCUGGAGAGAAGCCAUACAUUUAGAGUGCAGUCAAUCUUAAGUGACCAUAAGGUAACUCUUAUGGAGGGAACCAUAUAAAUGUAAAGUGUGGCCGGGUCCUUAAGUAACAGGUCUCAUCAUUCACAUCAUCAGAGAAUUCAUAAUGCAGAGACACCUUACAAAUGUAAGGUGGGGAACAUACUGGAGCAGUAGUUUACAAAUGCAAUGGGGGUGGAAAAAGUUUCACCUUGAGUUGGAUGCAUUUGACAACAAGAGUCCACAUUGAAGAGGAGUCAUGGAAAUGUGUGGGCAAGGGCCUUCUCCAGGCUCUGCGUGCACUAGACCUCAAAUUACACGUCUUUCAGAGAAACUACACAGAUAUAAUGUGCACGGUAAAACUUUAACCCGAAGUUCAAAUCUGUGAAACAUGAAAGGAUUUAUAUUGGAGAGCAAGCUUGUACAGGUAAUGAGUGUUGUAUAGUUUUUUUCACCAGAUAUUCACACUUUGGGCAUAAUGAGGUAAUUUAUGCAGAUCAGAAACUGAACAGAUAUACUGAAUAUGAAAACACUUCUAAGAAGGCCAAUAUGUCUUCAAGAGUCACCCAGAAAUUCAUUUGGGGAGAAUCUUUAUAGAUGUAAUGAAUUUGCCAAGUUUUUAGACCAGUUCUUGCAGCAGGCCACAUAUCAGACAAUUCAUAUUAGGAAUAAAUAAAUCUUUAGUUCUCCAACAUUAACCUCCAAUACUAUUGCAGAAUAAUUACAUACAUACAAAUACUAUUGCAGAAUAAUUACAUUAAAUAUGUUGAAACUUAUGACAUGAGGUGUAUGUUGAAACUGAAGGACGUGUAGGAAUAUAGCCCAGUAUCUUCAGUGUGUAAAGUAUUUAAUUAGUGGAGUUUUCUUGAGAAGGCCAUAUUACUAUUGAGAGGGUAACAGGCAGGAAGGCCAGGGGUCUCCAAACGGAAGAAAUAGGCUGCAAGUGUCAGACAUUUUUAUCUCUUUUAAGCAGCAGGAGGAAAUAAACAAGCG